CCGGGUCGUGCGGUGCUCGGGCCGGGUCGGAGUGCGUUCGUUCGGGCCGCGGCAUGAGGCCUCGGGGCUGGUUCCUGCCCUCGGCGCUGGGGCUGCUGGGGCUGCUGGCCUGCGGAGUGCUGCUGCUGGCGGACGGCCUGGGCUUCGGGGACCUGCGUUGUUAUGGGCACCCGUUCCCCGCCGCGCCGUGCCUGGACCGGCUGGCGGCCCGCGGGCUGCGCUUCACCGACUUGUACAGCAGCUCUCCCGUCUGCAGCCCCUCGCGGGAAACACUGAGGUUCUGCAGCAUGGCUUUACGCUUCCGUGACGUUCUGCUCUAUGCCGUUCCUGGAGCGGUGGGACUUCUUGGGUGCUGGUGGAUCUACUCCCGUAUGAAGAAAAAAGCACAAAGCCCUAAGGAAGGACAGGAGGAGAAAGUGCCUGAGAAAGAUCCUCAUAGCCUGCCCAUCUCAGUGAAGGAGGAAUGCCGAGAGAAUGAAACCUCGGCCUCUGUGCUGCCAGCAGGGUCAACAAUGCCCGUUACCUCUCCAGAGAAGUGGGAAGCCUGGGAGAAGGAGCUGAUGGAGAAGGAGGCCAGGCUGGCUCAGCGAGAGCAGCAGCUCCAGAGAUGGUGGCAGGAUCUGGAGCGCGAGCGCAAGGAGCUGGAGCUGGAGAAGGCCUCCCUCCAAGUCAAAGGCCAGAGCCAGAUUCCCAAUCCACUGAAGAAACUCACAAGAGUCCUCACCCAGUCUGGGGCCCCUGAGUCCUCCAAGGAGAAGAGUCCUGCUCGUCCUCAGCAAGGGCACGUAGAUUCAGAAAUGUCUGUCUCCCCAAAACGGAACACUCUCCUAAUGACCCUCAAAGAGAAAAGCCCUUUCCGUUCUCCUGACACAACCAAGCCGAUGGACCAGGCUGCUGAGGAAGAGCCCAGAUGUGAGAACGCUCCUUCAGUUCAGCCAAAACCGAAGAGAAGGAGUAGGAGAGGGAAACGAAAGGAGGACUGUUAAGUCCCUUUCAGAAAUACUACAAGUUUCUUAAAUACCAAUGGGAUCGAGUUUGGAUGAAAUGACACCAGCGAUCCUUUUCCACAGCUGCUUUCAGUUGACAUGUGCAUUGUCUCAGGCGAUGGCUGAGGCUGUUUGGAAAUAGGUGUUUGU